ACUGAAGUUCAACUUGUCACUCGCCACCGACAUGGCCGCCCCAGAGCCAGCGCAGAAACCCAAAACGACCUCAUCGGUGCACGAUGCAGGGAAACCUCUGCCUCCCUUUGGAUCUAGGUUCCUUACCGACGAGGGUCAAGUAUGGGAGCAUAAUGCUUGGGACCAUGUACCUCCGCCUGAUGAUCAAGCGGAACGAGUCGCCGCCUCCCUAGCCAAACAGCGAUCUGCACCCGUCCCCGAGGAAGAAAAGGAAAAAUAUAACGGCAGGCCUUCAAAGCAUUGGGAUAACUUUUAUAAGAACAACGCCGACAACUUCUUCAAGGACAGAAAAUGGAUGCAGAACGAAUUCCCAGAAUUGCUGGAGGCCACCAAGCCUGAGGCGGGGCCAAAACGCAUAGUCGAGGUCGGCUGCGGCGCCGGAAACGCCAUCUUCCCCCUUUUAUCCGCGAACCAAAAUCCGGACCUGGACCUUCGAGCAUACGAUUACUCGCAUCAUGCGGUCAAAGUCGUCCAGCAUAGCGAGCUCUACCUCGACCCGCCGCUGGGGUCGAUACAUGCCCAACCUUGGGACCUAACGUCCGAUGACCUGCCUGACGACAUCGAGGAAGGCAGCGUCGAUCUCGUCACAUUGAUCUUCGUCUUGAGUGCGUUGCAUCCCGAUGAAUGGUGUAAGGCAAUGCGGAAUAUACAGAGGAUGCUCAAACCGGGUGGCCUCGCACUCUUCCGUGACUAUGGUCGGUACGACCUUGCGCAGCUACGCUUCAAGAGCGGCAGGAUGCUCGACGAGAAUUUCUACAUACGUGGCGACAAGACGCGGGUGUACUUCUUCGAGCUUGAUGAACUUGCUCUUAUGUUCACUGGCGCUCGUCUCGAGGAGUCGAAGAAGACGACGUCGAAGCUUCAGAUAGUGGAUGAAACCGGGGACGACGACGGCGUAGAUUCGCCAGGCGUACACUCCCCUGCGCGAGGGACGCCCAGCACAGAGGCGGCGAUGCCCGACAUGAUAUCGCCUCAAUUAACAAACGACGCAACGGCGCCGGAUAGCUCUACCGACUCUCCUUCCUCACCUCCUUACCCUAUCCCCGCUACCUCCGCCCAACCCAAUUUCCUCACUCAGGAGCAGCCCGCCUUACCCAGUCAAGUCCAUCCCAACCUCCUCUCGCCGCUCCCGGGUUGCCCGCCGCAGCCCAUGUUCAACGUCGAGCAGCUCGGCGUGGAUCGGCGGCUUAUCGUGAACAGGAAACGGAAGCUGAAGAUGUAUAGGGUGUGGAUGCAGGGGAAAUUCAGGAAGUUGUGAGAGGACAUCGUGAGAGGCACCGGCGAGAUGUGUUUGAUAGCCGGGGAAUUAGAGUAUGAUUGCCGGUUAUCAUUACAGCGCGGCAGGCUGGCAGCUUUUUGUUCCCUGUCAACAACUUCCACAUCCGUUCUUGUCAAGCC